AAAACUUUAUGUGAUUUUCCUAACGAAAAGGCCCGCAUGCAAGUUGCCGCACCUGUAAUAAAAUGGACUGACUCGGUUCUCCCUUUUUCAUUUUCGUCCCCAGUCAUCAUGACUGCCAGCAUGUCUGAAGAUGACAUUGCUUACACCGCCCUCCUCCGUCAGCUAUUAUCCGAUAACUCAACUACACGCAACGCCCGUGUCCACUCUUGGAUAGAGCACCAGUAUGAUUUUGCUUUCUCCGAGUCAGACACCCGAGUCAACGAAGAUGAUAGUCCCUCUCUCGGCUGUUCCCGGGUUCCUUCACCUUCACCGUCUUCCUCAUUGGGAGCCCACCGUACUUUCUGUUCAGACAGACCCGACUCUCCCCUCCUACCGCGCUCAUCGGUAGAAUCUUCCUCAACACCAGAGUCUUGUCCAUCUUACGAUGCUCUAUUUUUCCCCAUCUCCCCUACUAAUCAGGCUCAUGCUGAGGACGAGGUCAGGGAAGAGCGCGAACGGGAGCGUGCACUUCGUUUCCUCGUGCAGGAAAUGUCUCACUGGAAAAUGCAGUCCAGUUCUACAACUCCCCGCAAGAACAUGGACAAGCCUUUACCGUCUCCUCCGCCACCCUCACCAGCGACGUCCACAACGCAGUCCACUUCGUCACGUGUCAUGCGCUCACGGUCCUCAUCGAUGCGCAUUUCGCGACUGCCUUCCUUCACAAGCACGUUGUCGUCUGAUCAGAGCCAACCACAAGAUAUAUUUACACCACCAUUGCCUGUUUCCGUAAUCGUUCACGGCGACACCCAACACGAACUUAUUUCAGACCUCAAGCGUUCCGAUCCGAUUUUCCUCCGACGCAUGGAAUCAUUAAAUAUGAAAGUUCAGGAUGAACAAGAGCUUUCUUUCCUGUCACCGGUCCAUGAUGAUCGUGAUUCAGGAUACCCGUCCCCUACGCUUUCUAAUUUCUCGUACGCCCAUUCUCGCGAAACUGCACUUACGAGUCCCUGCACUAGUUUUCCUGCGUCGCCUGCGAGUGCGACCUUCGCUCCUUGCUUACCGGAAAAUAUUGCGCUGCCAGCAUCCCCUGAUGCUGAACGCUUCCCCGAGGCACCUCAUUCCGAGGAUCGCGGUGAUGAUUCAUUUCCGAGAUCUCCAUCCGACACGGCACUUCCCGUAUCACCAUCGACAACUGCGUUUUCCGUAUCUCCUUCAUCAGCCGCAUUCCCCGUAUCACCGAGUACCACUAUAUUUCCUGCUUCUACGCCUGAAUUCGCGUUUUCUGCGUCACCUUCUUUAACAGUAUAUCCCGCCACCCUUUCGGACUCGAAGGAUUGCCUAAAUGAUGAUGCCGCACAAUCUGAGCGCUUACGCUCGUCCACUAAUAGCUCGGGAGACCUGCAAAGCAGAUGGUCAGUUGCAACGACGGCAUCACUAACUCCUUCACCUUCCGAUCCAACCCCGACACCCUCGGGGACAUUCCUGAGGUCUAGAACUCCUUCAAAGGGCAAAAAGGACAAAGAGAUAUCAAAGGAGGUCGUUCAGAUAGCAAUGUCACAGUCUCGACUGACUAUGACUAUGACUACGACUCGGAUACAGACGAAAGAGUCAUCAAACCCGCAAAGACGAUUGGAAAGAAAUCAUCCCUAGCCAGUCUGCGGGCAUCAUUCUCUUUAUCCCGUGCUUCUUUUGUAUCUCAGCGUCCACCAGUGUCGUCCUUGGCGGAGGUUCCUCCGCUCCCGGUGUCGCCUACUCGGACGUCAUUCGGCGCAUCACGUGUGUCUUUCGCAGCCGAUGGUGCGAUGGGCAAUGGGGAGGCGGUACCACCGGUGCCGACUAUCUCAUUAUCGAGAAUUCCUUCCCGCGCCACCGCGGU